AUGGCCGCGGUGCCGGUGUUGGACAUGUACACGGAACACGAGCCACGCCGACCUCUACCGGCAGAUUGCGACGGCACUGAUAAGUCCUUCGUGGAGAUCAUCAACCAGUGGAUGAAAACUAGGGAGCAGUAUGGGCGCCUGCGCCGGGGGUUUCAUAUCGUCGAGGCGAAGGGCCAGCACAGCGCCGAGGAGGCCAAGUUUCGGGGAGGUCGCAGUAUCCUGGAGCGCAAGCGCAGCGAGUCUUUGGUCGCGGGGACCACGCCACUUCGGAUCGGGCUCUACAUGCGCGAGGCGCCGGCUCACAUGUGGUGCGCGCAGGCAGGCUGGGGUGCCGGUAGCAGCAGAGCAGAUCCCUCGGUGGGCCAGUUGAUGGCUCACUAUCCAAAGUACCCGGAAGUCGCGGCGGACGUGAUGCAAGAGGACUGGCCGUGGUCUUGCCUGGAAGUGGACAGGGUUCGUCUGCCGGGGGCUGCGGCGGUCGUGUGUGGAAACUUCCGAAAGGAGGUGCGAUCGUUCCUGGACGGGCUGCGGCAUGACGAACUCAUCUACCUCGCAGGCGAUGCAACAAAAAAGGUGUUGCCCGGGGAUUGGGGCCUGUAUCGGCUUUUGGCCGCCGCUAAGCGGUGGGAAGGUGGUGUUGGUUGCACCGCGUUGGUGACGAUCGGACUGGGUUUCCUGGCAAAACAAAAGGCCGACCAGGUGGCACCCAUCCUGUCCAAGAUCUUGCAGUGGCACAGUGAGCGGGGGAGCAGUCUCUGGCAGGCUCACCAGAUGAUGCAGGACAAAAGCCAGGCUUCCAUCAACGCCAUAGCCGAAGUUCUGCCGGAGUGCAAGCUGAACUCCGGAUCCAAGUUCAACGAGGUCGAAACGCAGUGGCAAGUUGGCACUUACUCCUACAGAGACGAGUCCGACAACACCUUCCACAUCAUGGACAUGGAGACCUUCGAGGACAACGCAGUGCCAGCAUCAUUGAUCGGUGACAUCGGCGAAUGGCUGACCGAGGGCAUGCAGAUUGAGUUCGAAAUCUACGAGGGCAAGGUCAUCGAUAUCCAGGUGCCCGAUGACAUCGUCUUGGAGGUGACCGAAAUUGUGUCGAAGAAAGACAGUGGCAAGGAUGCGCUCGUCCAGCUUGAGAAUGGCGUCAACAGGCAGGCGCCCGCCUACAUCAAGGUGGGCGAUAAGGUUCAGAUCAACAAGAAGACAUUCGAGAUCCAGAAGCGUGUCGACUGA